CAAUAAAAUUUAGGAGUUAGGAAAGAUAAAAUGUUUUCGAUAUGAAAGUUCUGUUCAGUUUUUUGUUUAACUAUUCGCAUAGAAAAUGCUUCUUUAUAUCUUUUGCUUGUGCUGUAUUCUACAGCCUUUGUUCCAUGUGUUUGGAAAAAGAGAGGUGCUACAACGUUUUGUAGUAGAAGAAGGGGCUAAACCGGCCAUUUUCGGAUCAUACAGCUAUGACCCCGUUAAACAAGUGUUCGUACCGCCACCUCAGGACAACAACACUCUAGACGACGAUAUACCAAGUCAAUUCCAGAAUGGAUCGAUAAAGUCAACGGCUGCCGGCGAUCAACAGCCGACGCCAAAUCCGGAGGACACAACGCCUGGAGGUGAGCUAAGAGCGAACAACAACUCCAUCAACCUCGUGUACCGCAAACACGUGACACCAGUCACACAAAAGAAUACAGCGUGGUGGAUGAGACCAAAAUUACCGUUUAAUAACUUGACUGCUAACAUACAUAAAAUAAAUAACAAACUGUAAAAUCUGUCGUGUUUCAUACUGAAUGUCUAUGUAAUUUUAUUGUCCAGUUACGGUAAAAAAUAAUAAAUAUCUAUAUUACAAUAUAA